AUGUUUGCGGCUUGUACACAUGGCCUCCUUGCAAAGCCAACCGGGCUGCUCCUGCAAGUCCCUGAGCCGACUCCCGCAUGGUCAUCAUCCCGCUGCGCAAAUCUGACAGCCAGGAGUCGGAUUUCUUGGACUUUUUGUGCCGUCGCGGCUCUCUCGGCGCGAUGCAGGUGGAAGAGUCGAGGGGCGCGAGUGACUCGAGGCUCGGUUUCGCUGGCUGAGCUAUUGGGCCCAGAACUGGCAGCAGACUGGCCGGAGCUGCAAGCUGUGGAGAGUGAGGGCCUUUCCGUCGUCGCUGCUGACUUGUUGGACUUAGAUCGGUGCUUGAAGCUGGUGUCACAGGUCUUCCGGGUGUCGGAUUCCGAAGUUGAGAGUGUAAAGAAGGGCAUUGCUGGAAGGCUCGGGGCUCGUCGAAGUUUGGUGGGCCUUGAUGCGGCCUCCCCGCGGCCCUUGCUCGCUCGACCAGCGCCGAAAGGAUCUGACGAGCGGCCAGAUUUGGGGCUGGUGCUUUGCCUGGAGCGUCGAAGCACACAACCGGAAGACUUUGCCGGCUUGGUGGACUUGUCCCUCUGGCCGGACGAUGGCCGCAUCCGAGCGCCUGGUGCAAAAACGAAGCCUGGCGUGGCCAGCAAGCCCUAUGUGCUCAACCUUUGCGUUGACCCAGCCUACAGACGGAGGGGGCUGGCACGAAAGCUGAUGGGCAUCAGCGAGAGGCUAAUGCGUGAUAUUUGGGGUGAUAGCGAGGUGUGUUUGCAUGUAGAAGAUGACCAAAUCGCGGCGAACGAGCUCUAUGAAAGACUGGACUAUGUCCCUGUGAAAUACACGUACGACAAGGAAUUUCCGUACACCAAGGCAGAAGCAAAGGUUCUGCGGAAAGUUACCUGGCGACGGAAGAUGUUGCCAGCGCCGUCUCCAAACUCGCCAGCCCGAACAGGUGUGGCGCUGCCGGAGGGGCAGGCAAUCCCUGCUGCAAGCGCUUUGGAUCCAUACGACGACUUUAUAGAUCCAGACGACGAUUUCGAAGAUGAAGAUGAGGUGCGGGAAGACGAAGACGAAGACGAGGAGGAUGCACCAAGAGGGUUUGCAGGGUUUGCGGCAUGA